AUGCAGAUACGAGAUGCCUUAGCAAAGACCUACGUCAUCUCCUGUUCCUCGGAAGAUGAAGUUUCUCGAAUGCUGCGCUCUCUUGGUCGCGUUAGGUGUCUUCUCGGUGUCCAACUGGGGUCGAACGAGGAAAUGUUGUUGAAAAACUGUCUUUGGGACCUUAUGAACAACAAAAUCUUCUUCCAACAUCCUGAUCUCACCCGGUGCUUGGCUGUACAUGAGACAGUGAUGCAGCUGAUGGUGCAAACACUGACCAAAGCCACAUUGGAACAGCCUGGGUCGGUUGCCGGUGCCAAUGUUCAACCUGUCUCUCUCAUGACCACCGACAACAUGGUAGAGACAGUCGGGCUUUCCGUACCAAAUGCAGCCAAUACCCCAGGUUCGGGUAACAGCGGGUUGCCUGCAGUGCAAGAAGAAGGUCUUGGAUUGAGUACUACACAAGAGCAACAGCGGAAUGUUGCUGGUCCUACAGAGAUGGUGGUUCAGUGCUGUCGAUUCCUCUGCUAUUUCUGUCGUACCUCCCGAGGAAAUCAAAAAGCUAUGUUUGAACAUUUGAGCUACAUGCUUGAAAAUUCGUCUAUGUUGCUGGAACUGUUGGCUAAAGGUUACCCUGAUAUCGGUUGGGAUCCGGUUGAAGGUGAACGAUUUCUAGACUUCUUGCGUUUUACCGUUUGGGUGAACGGGGAGACUGUGGAAGAAAAUGCCAACCUUGUGGUGCGUCUGUUGAUUCGACGACCAGAAUGUCUGGGUCCAGCUUUACGUGGUGGCUCCAAAACUCUAAAACCAGCAGGAGGGACACAAGGAGUUGACGGAGGUGAAUUACCUCCAGGUGGACCGGGUUCACUGAAUGACGGAAGUCGUGACAUGGGAGAGAUGAAUGCUACUGAUGCCGAUGGACAGCAAAGUUCUGCCGGUGGCGGACUGUUAAAAGCCAUGAAGGAGGGUUUGGUUAUGUCAGCUCAAAUUAAAUUAGUCAAAAUGGCUCAAGAGGCUGAGGCAGCUGGUCUGAAUCCCGAGGAUGAAGACUUAGGCUGGCGAACGGUCAUGAUGGAUUACGAAGAUGCCAAUUUGUUUGUUCCGUUACCCUACAAUUUCGAAUGUCUUCCGCCCGAAGAUAACCCGGACUACAUUGACUUGGGAGCAGCAAUUUUGACGUUCCAUUCAGUACUGGUUAAUUUGUUAGGAUACUGUGCCCCGGAGAUGGAGACCACCAAGAGUGAAUCUUUACGUGCUCGAGCUAUUUUACAGUCUUUGGUCAGCAUGAACGAUCUGGAAGGCGUGCUAUCCCUUCGUUUCAUUCUACCUCCUCCGAAGUUGGAGGUGCAGACUAACGAAGAAGGUGAAGAGGAAUGGAUCGAUAAAGCUGGCAUGCCUCCAGGACUUUUGCCAGAUCACAAAGCUUCAGUGGUUUUAUUCUUGGAACGUGUUUAUGGAAUCUCUGAUGCGGCUACCUUUUUGCGGUUACUCGAGAACGGUUUCUUACCCGACCUACGAGCAGCAACUCUUCUGGAUUCGUCUGUUGUACCUGACAGUGAUAUGGCUUUGGCACUCAACCGAUAUCUGUGCAACAGCGUUCUGCCUCUUCUCACGCGUCAUGCGCACUUCUUAGGCGAGGAAGGUACAGCAGGCGGGUUGUUUGAAGCUACUUUGCAAACCGCUUAUCGACUGUCCAAAUGCCGUGCCAUCACCAAUCAUCAACGUGAUGUCGUUUGUGAUUUUCUAGUGGCCUUGAUGCAACAAAUCCGCCCACCUAUGAUGACGGCUUUGUUGAAAAAGAUGUCCGUUGACCUUCGAAAUCUUUCACGAGAGUCCGUGGUCUCGUUGCGCGUACUGACUGAAUUCUAUCAACGUUGCGGAACGUAUUACAGUUCCGACGGAUGGACAAAUGAAUCUGCAUCGUCUGCUGUCCCCGGAAAGGGUGACGCAUUGAAAGGGGCUGGUACGGAUGGUUCAGCUGCAGGUGCUAGCGGAGCUGGGGGUGGGGCCGGUCGCGCUGCUGGAGAGGCCACGGCAACGGAAGAAGAGCGAAACUUCACUGCUCAAUUAUUUAUUCUCAUAUUCGAUAAUUUGUCACGUCAACCUUACGAGCCGGAGUUGUUCUCAUAUGCUUUGCCAUGUUUGUGCGCAAUCGGUUGCGCACUUCCACCGGACUACUCGAUUAGUCGCCUGCUGACCGGUGACGCAAAUACUGGAUUAGAUGGGGAGGAUGGUGGAUUCAGUGCCUUCUCGUCAGCUAUCGAUGGCCUGUUGGUUCCAGGCAGUCCUGGUUUCGGAGGUAUGGAACAACCCGAAGAGGGUACACAUCACGACGUUUUUAUUCCGCAGCCAAUCGAGACGUCUCAGGUUCGUUUGCCCGCUUCGUUGAAUCCUUUGGUUGAACGAUUCGCCCAACACUGCCAUGAUUGUUGGGCCCUAGAACUGAUUGAUCAAGGUUACACAUACGGACAAGUGGUUGACGAAACUAAACGAACACAUCCGAAUUUNAUUUAUGUAGCUUCCAAAACUUACAGCAACAGGUGA